UAGAAAUUUCCAGACGGAAGUGUAAUCUUGUGUUACGUCAUCCGGUUGCAGUCGCAACUAGCAUAGAUACUCAUCCAGAGAGUAGUUAUAUAAUUGUGGGCGACUCGCAAGGUAACGUGUAUCUGUACAAUUAUGAAGAACCUAUUCUGAUAGUAUCCAAGAGCAUGCCGCCUCUUCCAAAUUUCCAGUCGAUUCUGGAGAGGCAGACAAUCAACGAAAACAUCAUUUACGUCACGUGUCCGCACAGCCACGAAUCCUUGAAAGCCGUCACAGCUCUAAAGUUCUCACCAAGAUGCGACAUGCUGGUGUGCGGUUUAGAGAACGGGGCGAUCUGGAUCCUGCAUCAUAUCACUCUGCAAGCCCUAGAUGAGAUACCGUACAAACAUUCCUCUACGGCCAUCAAUAAAAUCGCCUUCACGCGGUGUGCCGAAUACAUGGCUUACGCGGACAACGCGCUGACAGUGGUGGUAUUUAAGAGAAACGGCACUGCUUCCUCGACGGAGCACAACGUGUGGAAUUUGAUUGGAAAAUAUCACUCGCAUCAUUUGCCUAUUAGAGAUAUACUUUUCGGCCCGGCCGCAUCUGAUCGUGAAGCACCGCGUUUUUUCUCUCUGGGAGAAGAUCAAGAACUCAUUGAAUAUGAUCUCCUGCACAGGUUGAAUCGCACAUCCUGUUGCAUUAUUUUUAGGAAUCACACAAUAAUCUUAAUAGUUGUAACAGUGGCUUUUUGUAUACAUGAUUGUGUGCAUUUUCUAAAAUUUAAUUACAGCGGACCGUAUCCGGUGCCAGGGCUAAAGAUUUUACGCGUUAAUCGAAUUGAACAGAGCGCUAUUCCUCUCUGUUUGGCAUGGUACCCUCAAUCUGGUACUGAAAGAUUUCUCGUGACUGCAAAUUCUGAAGUAAGUGAUUCGUCUACAUCGAAAUCAAUGAAGUACAAUAAUAUAUUCUGCAAUAAUUAUAUUUGCAGUACAAGUACAAAAUCUUCAGUGAAGCUGCCAUGGCGAUUCGAGAUCUUAACAAACAAGUUUGUGAAUAAUAAGGAUUAUAUGGUAUUCGCCACCGACCGAGAGAUUGGCCUUCAACUACUACCUCUCGACGGUAAUCCUUACAAAAUCAUCGGUAUGACGGGUCAUCCGGAAAAAAUAACAAGUAUCUCCGUCAGCAACAAUGGUCAGACUUUGUUUACUACAGGCUAUAACGAUCCAUGUGUGUUAAUGUGGAAAAUUAGACACAGAUCUGUUGACACAAUGGCACGAUUAGGCGGGGAAGGACUCUCACCGUUUCAUUGCCUCAUCGAAAGUGGAAAAGAUGGAUGGCUCAUAAACGAGAUGAAGGAUCUGUUCUAUUACGCGCAGAUACUACAUCAAGGAGAAAAUACGACUGCUGCUAGAAUCGUCUCCGAUACCGUAGUCGUCGAACAGAUCUCAAAUCUCAUGCGAGCUAUCGGAUAUUAUCCAACUAAUGAGGAGAUAGAGAACAUCAUGGCAGAAGUGUGUUACAAGCAUUACGUGAAAACCGGUAGACUCGUCGACGAAGUUACCUUUGAAGAAUUCGUGCAACUCUACGUGAAUCAUCGACCAGCAUUUAAAGUCCGUAUGCGCCAAAUGAAGGGAGCUUUUCGUGCUUUCGUAAAGGAGAGUUUUGACAGUAUAGAAAAUCCCACCUUAACGCGGGAACAGUUCAUGAACGUUUUAUUUGGUGAAGCGAUAUCGGGCACUUUGAAAGAAGAUCAUAAACUUCUUGGUGAGCCAUUGACUUUGCAAGAGGCGUACACGUAUCUCAAGCUGCUCGUUCCUUCCGAUGAGAAACCUUCCGACGAUUAUCACCCAAUUCCAUCGCAAAGAUCCUUCGAUUUUCGUUUUCUCCCAACGAGAAUAUCUUACAAAGAUUUUGCCAUGGACAUCAUGGGCGUUGAAUUGCCGGGGGGAAACUAGGGCUGAUAAUUGAAGAAAUCAGCUUGACGAUUAAUCCCGAUAUAUCGCUGUACUCUAAGAGGCGUUUCAUAGUUAUGUACCACUGUAAACGAGUCCCAUUAAACGCAAGCGACAGACAAAGCAAAA